AUGAAGCCUUGGGCUGGUUUUGUAUGCUUGUUACUGCUGCUUCUCCGCAUUAGCUCACUGCUGGCGCACCUAUUUAUGGCGGCGGCGCUGGGGUGGCUGCUGCUUGAAAUCCUCGGCAAACGAGGGCGGCGAGAAUGUUAUCUUGUCAACUUCACCUGCUACAAACCGCCGGCGGAGCGCCAAGUUAACACGGAGAUGAGCAUUUACCUUUCGGCGAGGACGGAUCCUAUCAUUCCAGAACAUUCCAAAUUCCAGUGGAAAAUAUUUCUGCGCUCCGGUCUGGGGGAAGAGACUUCCCUGCCGCGCUUCGUUUUCAACGAAGAAAUGGUGACGACAUUGGAGGAAGCGCGUGUGGAGAUGGAGGAGACCUUCUUCGCAAUGGCGGACGAGCUGUUCGCCAGGACGGGUGUCACGCCGCAAGACAUCGAUAUACUCAUCGUAACGGUCUCCACUUUCACGGCGGCGCCCUCGCACGCGUCCGUUGUUGCGAACCACUAUAAGAUGAAGGAAAACGUAAAGACGUUUAAUCUUUCCGGCGUUUUGGCGGUGCACAUGGCCAAAGAUCUGUUGCUCGUAAAUCCGGACUCGUACGCUCUCAUCCUCUCCACCGAGAACACAACCGUCAAUGCAAACUACCCCGGCUUGCUUCUCUCCAACAAAUCGAAAGACGCCGUGAGAGCCAAAUUGCGGCUUCUCCAUUCAAUUCGGACCAACGCGGCCGCCGACGACGAGGCCUACGGUUGCAUAUCUGUGACGGAGGACGAUGACGGCGUCUACGGGGUCCGUCUCCGCCCUUCUCUACACACAAUUGCUGCCAAGGCCUUGACUAUCAACCUAGCCAAGCUCAGCCCCAAUGUCCUUCCGUUGCGCGAGCAGCUGUACUACGCCUACAAUUGGCUGCGCUGUUGA